UUCAAAGGGUAUGUGACUACUAUACUGGAAGAUGCAAAAAUUUACUCGAGCCAUGCAAAGAAGUCCAGCGUCGAUGCAGAUGAUGUGAGGUUGGCAAUCCAGUGUCGCACAGACCAGUCGUUUACAUCUCCACCUCCAAGAGACUUCUUGUUAGAUAUUGCAAGGCAGAAAAACCAGACGCCAUUGCCAUUGAUAAAGCCUUAUUCUGGACCCAGGCUUCCACCUGACAGAUACUGCUUGACAGCUCCCAACUACAGGCUGAAGUCGUUACAGAAGAAGGUCUCUUCCUCUGCAGGAAGAAUAACAGUCCCUCGCCUCAGUGUUGGUGCUGUGAGCAGCAGACCCAGCACUCCUACUUUAG